AAGUUGCAGACACAAAAAUACCUCUAAAAGAAGCGAAAAGAGAGGAAUUUCUGUACGAAAGUUGCAAACACAAAAAAUGGGUUGGGUUUGGAGGGACGACAACAGCAGCGAACAUCGACGCGAUGACUCUUCGGAACGAUGCUCCACCACGAAGGUCGUGAAAUCGCAGUGCAGAACAGAGGAGGUCGAAUCUGGAAAGUUCGUCAGAAAAUGCGAAAAAACCGAAGAACUUCUCAGGAAUUGCGUCGGAAAGCCUGUUGAAGUGUUGCAAUCAAACAAAGAGUAUACUGAAGAGGAUAUCACAGAUGAGGUACUUAAAGGAAUUCCAUUUAGGUCAUCAGAAGGUGGUGUGUUUGACUUCCCUGGGCUGCGAAAUGAUAUUGAAGUCAUGGAACGUGGCAUGUUGGAUGGUCUCAGUCGUUUCUUCGACGCAGCUGAAGAAAUGAAGAAAGGCUUUUUUGAUGUUUUUGUUAAGUCUCCAAGCAUCUUUGACGAAGAAUCUUCUUCACCUUCUAUGAGGCCAGGGAUACCUAGUGAAGAAUAUCGACGGCCAGAAGCUCAUCCUAAAUCUAAGGAGAAGGAAUCUGGAGAUGCUGAUCUUUCUGCAUUAGCUAAAGAUGUUUAAAUUCCCUUGGUUUUGCAUCAUUAGAUGAUGUCUGGACCACAAGCAAGUCCUCUAAUAAUAUGUAUGUUUCUCUGCAUCUUUGGCAACUGUUUGUUAUGUUCGUUUUUCUUUUUCUUUUAAGCGUGUCUGAUGCAGUGGGUGACCAAAUUUUUAUUUUUCCCCUACACUCAAUUAUAUGCAAUUCAAAUGAUUAAGCAAUUUAAUUUUUUUA